AUGACCAUCCCAGACGAGGUCGAUAUCAUCAUCUGUGGUGGUGGGAGCUCUGGGUGUGUCCCAGCAGGCCGUCUGGCCAACCUCGAUCACAACCUCCAGGUAUUGCUGAUCGAGGCAGGUGAAGACAACCUGAACAACCCAUGGGUCUACCGCCCAGGCAUCUACCCCCGGAACAUGAAGCUGGACUCAAAGACAGCUUCCUUCUACUAUUCUCGUCCAUCGGAAUGGCUUGACGGACGUCGGGCUAUCGUCCCGUGUGCCAAUAUCCUCGGAGGAGGCAGCUCGAUUAACUUCAUGAUGUAUACGAGAGCAUCGGCCUCAGACUAUGACGAUUUCCAGGCAAAGGGGUGGACGACCAAGGAACUCAUCCCUUUGAUGAAGAAGCAUGAGACCUAUCAGCGCGCAUGCAAUAACAGAGACCUGCAUGGUUUUGAUGGACCUAUCAAGGUCUCUUUCGGGAAUUAUACGUAUCCUAUUAUGCAGGACUUCCUGCGUGCUGCCGAGUCGCAGGGUAUUCCGGUCACGGAUGAUCUGCAGGACUUGAAGACUGGACACGGAGCUGAACACUGGCUGAAAUGGAUCAACCGUGACACCGGUAAGCUGAUUAUUCUAGUCAGGCUAUACACUUUUAACGAUAGCCGUCGUAGCGAUGCUGCGCACGCUUAUGUGCACAGUACAAGAGCCAAGUAUACCAAUCUCCAUCUCAAGUGCAACACCAAGGUGGACAAGAUCAUCAUCGAAGAUGGCCGAGCGGUGGGCGUCGCGACCGUUCCAACCAAACCCUUAGACGGCCGUAACCCACCACGCAAGAUCUUCCGAGCCCGCAAGCAAAUCAUUGUCAGCAGCGGCACACUCAGCUCACCUCUCAUCCUGCAGAGAUCCGGAAUCGGUGAACCCGAGAAGCUCCGUAAAGCAGGCAUCAAGCCCUUGGUCAACCUUCCAGGCGUGGGCCGCAACUUCCAGGACCACUACCUCACCUUCUCUGUGUACAGGGCUAAGCCGGACGUUGAAUCCUUCGAUGACUUCGUUCGUGGCGACCCCGAAGUGCAGAAGAAGGUCUUUGAGGAGUGGAACCUCAAAGGUACAGGUCCACUGGCCACAAACGGCAUCGAUGCCGGCGUGAAGAUCAGGCCCACGCCAGAGGAACUGGAGGAAAUGAAGAGAUGGCCUACGCCGGAGUUUACCAGCGGCUGGGAGAGCUACUUCAAGAACAAACCUGACAAGCCUGUGAUGCACUACUCCAUCAUUUCCGGCUGGUUCGGCGACCACAUGCUCAUGCCCCCAGGCAAGUUCUUCACGAUGUUCCACUUCCUGGAAUACCCUUUCUCCCGCGGCUUCACCCACAUCCGGUCCGCCGACCCGUACGAUGCCCCCGACUUCGAUGCCGGCUUCAUGAACGAUAAGCGCGACAUGGCCCCAAUGGUCUGGGGCUACAUCAAAUCGCGCGAGACCGCCCGCCGCAUGAGCGCCUAUGCAGGCGAAGUAACCAGCAUGCACCCACACUUCGCCUUUGACUCUGCAGCCCGGGCAUUCGACCUCGACCUAGCCACGACAAAGGCAUACGCUGGGCCCAAUCACAUCACCGCCGGUAUCCAACACGGUACACAUCAACCCUCCACCCUCCACCCUCCAACAUACCAUCAAUACACCAAACUAACAAUGGAAAACAGGAUCAUGCAAAAAGGAUAUCGAGCAUAUCGAGAAAUGGGGUACGUUACGCAUAAACUUCCAUGCCCCAAACCUCCACAUUUAAUCUACAGCCCUGCUAACAAGAAAACAACGAAUACAGUCCAACGCCACGUCGAAACAACCUGGCACUCCCUCGGAACCUGCAGCAUGGCACCGAGAGAAGGUAACUCGAUCGUCAAGCAUGGCGGUGUCGUCGAUGAACGUCUUAAUGUCCAUGGGGUUAAGGGCCUUAAGGUCUGUGAUUUGUCGAUUUGUCCGGAUAAUGUUGGGUGUAAUACUUUUAGUACUGCCCUUUUGAUUGGGGAGAAGUGUGCUGUGCUUACGGCUGAGGAUUUGGGGUAUUCUGGUGCAGCGCUGGAGAUGAGGGUCCCGACAUAUCAUGCUCCUGGGGAGGUUGUUAAUCUGGCUAGGUUGUAG